AUGUCGUCUGCUGUUCAACGUCCGAAUUUCUUCGAGACCUAUAGACAUCUCGCAUCGUCGAACGAUGCUCCUCUCGAUUGUAAACUCAUCGGCAGCUGCCAAGCUCUACCGGAAGCCCAGACAUCGCUGAACGCUUUCAAGGAACAAUUAAGAGGCGACACUUAUACGACUUCGUCAAGCGCCACCUACCCAUCACGUUCGCCAUUCGCCGCCUUCCCUCAGAGAUCAUCGCGGAAAUCCUGCCUCCCGCUCGCCCGCGAUGGCGUCACACUGAGGAUUACCCAAUUGUUCACGACACAAGCCAUGCUUCUUGGAGCUACAGCCGUGUCUCCUCCCUAUGGCGCACCAUAUCGUUGUCCCUGCCUCCUCACUCUCGACGAAGUGACCGCGGCCCAGUGUCCCCCCUCCCCGGCUUCACGGGAUGAAGCUGUCAUAUCGCAAUAUGGGGAUAUGAUAAGGACGUACUGUACAGGGAGACGAAAUAGCUUCUUGUCGGCAAGAGACUCGCAGGGCCCCGCAGGCCAAGAUAUUCUGCGAUCUAAUCUCCGGGCGUACCACCUUGGGGGGUUUCCGACGUUGACGGCGAUCCUUUUCGACUUUAAUGAUGCGCGCUCAACUUCGAAACGUUAUCUUUGGGUUAUCAAAGUUCCAGGACCGGACGAAAAGUUGCUGGUGCUCAACAAUAUUGAACGCUUGGAGAUUAAUCGCACGAGCUUCAACUUGAUCAAGUACUUGAUGUUGUCCCUCCCUGAGUCGUAUUAUCAUGACGUUGAGCUUUUGGGCGGCCGCGGGGUCCCUUCGUCGGUCGGUCGCAAUGUGCCCUGA